CUGUCUAAAAAGAGGUUAGACUGAACGAACUGGUGGAAAUUGUAAUUUUUGAGGAAUUCUCUUUAGAGGCGAGUUAUUAAAUUACUUUGGUUAUAAUACAUUAUCUCCUGAAUUUUGUGCGGAUCCCAAGACUAUGUAUUAUUAUAUGCACAUUUCAUUGAAUUUCGAAAAGGACGAGAUCCCUCACAUAACACCAGCUUUCUUCAAAGAAAAUAUCAUCAGGAGCGUCCGGACAAUUUUUGGAGAAUAUGCAUGUAAUGCUGAUAUCGACAUACUAAAGUAUAACCCAAGAAACCUUAAUGCUAUACUUCGAGUGCCAGAGCAUUUAUACGUGAAAAUUCAUGCAAGUUUGACGUUUUGUGGAUCUUGGCAGGGCCGACCUUGUUAUUAUACUGUCCAUAAAGUUAGUCCAUUGUUGUUAAGCAUAUCUCACGAUAGUAGGAACUACGAACACUAA